AAGACCUUCCCAUGGCCAUGGCUGGAGGUGACACAGAGACCUUCCCAUGGCCAUGGCUGGAGGUGACACGGAAACCUUCCCAUGGCCAUGGCUGGAGGUGACACAGGGACAACCCCAGUGGCUGCAGCUGCCUUCCCACGCACCCAGCAGGACCAUGGGCUGUGGCAAGCAGAGCCCAGGGAGCAGAGGCAGAGGACAGGAGAGGUUAGGAAAACACCCAUUAAACCACAACAACACUUCAUGACCUGAUUGGAGGAGAGUAAAUUACCCCUUUGAAAUCCAGUCACCACGAAACAGCAAAUGACAUCCAAGGUUAUGAAUUAAUUGAGAUAUUGGGGUGGGAGGGGGGGGAGCUGAAGCACUUGUAGGGCAGCACAUGGACACGGGGCUGCUAUCUGAGCACUCACAUUUCCCACAGCCCCAUUUCCCAUGGGAUGCACCCAGCUGGGAGCAGGGCUGGACGUACUGAUGGCAGCACUGUGGGGCUGGUGUGGGGCCAGCUCUGUGGGCGGGGGACAGGAACUGCUCUGCUGAGGUGCAGAACAGCCUCUCUCCAGGAGAGAGCAGGUUGGGUAACCCACAGCUCUGCAGUCAGAGGAAUGAGCUCAGUGGAUACAAGCUGGGAUUCCAUGAGCACUUGGGAAGCCGGGUGCAAGCAAUGAGUUUAAUUAAACCAGGGCAAUCACAUCAAAGCUGGUCCCUGCGCAGAUACCUUUCUUAAAUGGCAGGAAUUAAUUAAUGAGUUUGAGUUAAACAUGUUCCCUCCUUAUUGGAGCAUGGCCUGAGAGUAUUGGAGGCGCUGGCAGGGUCUGCAGCAGGUGAGAGCAGAUUUGGGAACAGCUCAGCUGAUGUGGAGUGGUGUCUCCUCUGCCACAUCUGGGGUCUCAGAGCUCUCCAGCAGGAAUAAAGCAUGGCAGCCCCCUGAGGUUGGGGUUCUUCUGUUGCGUGUGGGGCUGUGCUUAUGGGAUGCUGUUGUCUCGAGGGGAUGUCUGUAGUGUGAGCGCAGGUUGCUAGCUCUUCUCCCCUUGAAGCUUCCUGUGUGGUUUCCUGGUGUCUUGGAGGAUGGUAGAAGUGGGGCUGGUCCUGCUUUAAGUCCAGCCUUAGUGGCAAAGCACCGAGGAUUGGAGCUGGACAGCUGCUUGGUGGGCACAGCUGGGCUUGGCCACUGCAGGUGAGUGGGACCCACAGCAUCCCCGGUGUGUGGCUGUGAUGCUGUGUCUAAUUGCAGGUAAAAAGCCUCAUUUGGGUUAUAAAGCAACUUCUUAUGGCCAAGCUGCACCUUUGGGAUGUUCACGAAAAACUUUUCUGUGUUUUUCCCUCCAGUUCAGUAGGAUGCUAUCUCAAUGUGUUCUGCAGCAGUGCUGCUGUUAAGAAAUCAUUUCAGAUGAAGCCCUGAUGCUGCUGAAGUGAAUGGCCCAGUUCCCUCAGUGCUGGUGCAACCCAGACCCUCCACAGUCCUUCCCAAAAGCUGCUUUUGUGCUCGAGCUUUUCAGCCAUUCCUUGCAGGGAUGCUUUUGUUUCCCUUUGGAAAGCAUUUUCCUUUACUUUUAGCUUAGUGAUUUGGUUCCUUGAAAGCAGGCAGGAAGCCAUUGAGGAGUGCUCCCCUUUUAUUUCCUGAUAUGUUUAAUUUCCAUCUCUGUAGGAUGAGGAACUGUAUGGAGCACCAUCCUGCAGCUGGUGUCCAUCACAGCAGCAAGUGAAUCUAAUGGGGGGAAUUUCAGCUCUGCCUGACGUCCUCCCAUCCUGAGCCUGCAAUAUCGGGUUGGGUUGAUGUGGGGAGCAAAGCUCCUUUGUGCUGUAAGGCUGCAUGGGAAGAGCUCAGCAUGACCCCUGACGCUCUGCUCCCCCAGGGGGUGAGGGAUAACAUCAGUAAGUCUCAAAGCAGCUGAUGUCCCUGGGGCUGUUCCCCCUGUGCUGCCCUCCAGUAAGUUAAGCAGUGCUCCUUUCCCUGCAGCUCUGUGCACAAAUGCACCCUUUGCUGGUUAGCUGAAGCCCUGUGCCAGGUUCUUUCUCUCACUGCUCCCGUGCACCAGCUGCUUAUCCUACUGGUGGUGGAAAAUGCCUCGUGAGGUUUUUCCUUGCAUGGAGGGAGGUUCCAUGCACUGAGGAGCAUCCUUGGGGUCCUGUGGAUGUGCUCCUCCUGGUUACAGCAGAGAUGGAAACCUCGGAGCCCCAUGCCCUGUAUUCACCUUCUUCUGGCUGAUGUGUCCCCUUUAGAAGUGACGCUGUACCCCAAAGUCCCUCCUCUGGGGACUUAUGAGCACUCAGGAUGCCCGGAAAGGGGAUUUAUGCCUGGUGGCUCCUUGCCAGGGGCCGGGCUGCUGCCUCCUGACCCCACAAGGCUGCCCCUGGUGACGCAGCCCCGGGGCCUGGCAUGGGAAAAGACGUCAAGGCUGGGAGAAAUGGGGCGAUGGCAGAUGAGGUGCCUGCUGGGUUCAGCCCUCUCUUGGCUCCAAAUGCUGCGACCCAAAGCCCCAAGGAGUUUGGGGUGGAGGAGGCUGUGAAGCCCCAGGUUUGGAGGUGAGGUGGUGGGGGGGGACCCUCUUUGUGCCCCCCAGCUUCUGUGUCCCCAGGCGAGGGUGCCAGCAGUGCCCUGAGCAAAUCCUGGCAGCAGCAGGAGCACACCAGUGUGUUUGUGUAGCUGAGGGCUUCAAGGAAGGGGCAAGUGUGUCAUCAGGUUUCUUCUGAGAACAUUUUUAUUGCUGCAGUCAUUUCCCACCGAGGUUCCCUGGGUCCUGAGGUCAAGUGCUGGGCUUGGAGCCACGGGGCUCAAUCCAGCAGCCAUCCCCCAUGCACCAGGGCUGAGCGGGGAACUGCAGCAACAAGAGCUGGGAGCCAGCAGCACAACUUGUGUGAAGGAGUCCUUUGCUUUGCAGUUCUUGAGCAGUUCUUUACUGUCUGCAUCGCCUGUGCGUCCCCACCCUGUGCUGCUUGGGCACCACGAGCUGUGCUCCUGCACAGUCUGCAGUGAUCACAUUGUGCCUGGCCAGGCUGUAGCUGCUCAUACAACUGCAAUGAGUUCAGCUGUUCUGUGCACAAGUCUCUGCUCCCUCUCUGGGGUGAGAAAAUGAGGGGGAGACUUUCCCCAGUGCUCAGAGCAGCCCCCAUGAGGGCAGCAGCAUUUGGUAGGUUUAUGGCCAAGGAGUUGUGGUUGCCAUUUCCACCCUCAAUCCUAUAAGAAAUCCCCAUUUCUCUAUUCCCCUCUCUCUGCUCCUUAGCAGCGUAGCUGGACCAGACCUGAGCCACCACCCCAUGUGUCCCCACCGCUGUCCAUCUCUCCUCCCUGAUGGCAGCAGGCAUUUGGCCCAUGUCCUGCGUGCAGUGUGCUGUUGGUGCUCAGGGCUGACACAGCAAUGCUAUCAACUGCAGAGGAUGGAGGUUAUCAGCUCCCAGCUAUCCACAGCUGCCCUUGCUAGCCCUGAUAACUGGCUGUGCCCACCUACAGUCAUGCUGCCCUCCAUCGUGGGCAGCCCAACACUCCCUCAGCCAAUUGGGAGGAGAAACCCACAGGGAGGCAGAAAGCCAGCCUAUAAAUCAUCCUCUCCUUUGGGAUGUGGAGAAGUCUCUGGUGAAGGAGGAGGCCUCGCUGGGAGCACGAGAUGCUGGCAGGAGGCAGAAGGAGGCUGCAGCAGUGUCUGCUCAUCGUGGCCAUUGCAUGGAGUGCCGGCUUCUUCCACUCACCAGCCCUGGCUUUGCAGAGGAUCGCUCUGCGGAGGAUGCCUUCCAUCCGGCAGACGCUGCAGGAGAUGGGCGUGAAGGUGUCCGACGUGUUUCCCGAGUUGCGGCAAAGGCGCGGCGGGGCGGGCGGCCCCCAAAACGGAACGGCUCCCACCCUCCUCACCAACUACCUGGAUACGCAGUAUUACGGUGAGAUCAGCAUCGGCACCCCCCCGCAGACCUUCAAGGUGGUCUUUGACACGGGCUCUGCCAACCUGUGGGUGCCGUCCUGCAAGUGCUCCCCACUCUACAGCGCCUGCAUUUCCCACAGCCGCUAUGACUCCUCCAAGUCACGGACAUACAUAGCCAAUGGUACAGGCUUUGCCAUCCGCUACGGGACGGGCAGUGUCAAAGGCUUCCUCAGCCAGGAUGUGGUCAUGGUAUCGGACAUCCCCAUCAUCCAGGUCUUUGCUGAGGCCACGGUGCUGCCUGCAUUCCCCUUCAUCUUUGCCAGGUUUGAUGGGGUCCUGGGCAUGGGCUACCCCAGUCAGGCCAUCGAUGGCAUCACCCCCGUCUUCGACCGGAUCAUCUCCCAGCAGAUCCUCAAGGAGGACGUGUUCUCUGUCUACUACAGCCGAGCUUCAAAGAAUGCUCCUCUGAAACCCGGUGGGGAAAUCAUCCUGGGGGGCACCGACCCAGCCUACUACACUGGGGACUUCCACUACCUGAGCAUCAGCAGGAACGGGUACUGGCAGAUCAGCAUGAAGGGGGUGUCUGUAGGGGCUGAAAUCUUGUUCUGCAAGGAGGGCUGCUCAGUGGCCAUUGACACCGGAGCAUCCUACAUCACUGGCCCGGCCGGCCCUGUGUCCGUGCUGAUGAAAGCCAUUGGAGCAGCAGAAAUGACUGAAGGAGAGUACGUGGUUGACUGUGAGAAGGUCCCCCAGCUGCCCAACAUCUCCUUCCACCUGGGUGGGAAGGCGUACACGCUCAGUGGCUCAGCCUACGUCCUCAGGCAAACCCAGUACGGGGAGGACAUCUGCGUGGUGGCUCUCUCAGGGCUGGACGUCCCACCCCCGGCUGGACCCCUCUGGAUCCUGGGUGCCAGUUUCAUCGGGCACUACUACACCAAAUUCGACCGUCGCAACAACCGCAUCGGCUUCGCCACCGCCCGCUGACCGCCGGGGGGGGCUGGGAGGCAGCUGGGAAGCAGGGAGCAUCGCUGGGGAGAGAGCGAUUCGACGCGCAAACGGGAGCAGCGCUUCCUUAAAGCACAGCCACCUCCUCUCUGCACUGAAGCAACUGCAAAUCCUCGUGUUCUCCCACUCCAAAACCCCCGCUCUGCUUCCCGAGAGCCUCCGCUGCCAUGGGGGGAGAGCGGAGCCUGGGAGCAUCGCACUGAGGAAUCAAAGCAGGAUCCUGGAGCUGGAGCUGCACCUCCGGGGGCUUUGCAGGGUGAUGUGCUUUGCUGCUGGCUGAGGCAGAGGAGCUUUGCAGGUUGCAGAGGCUGCGGAGUGAUGUUCGGUUGCUGUUCUUGUUGUUCUUAGAUGGGAGGCAAAUUAAUUGGUAUCAUUAGGCUGCUUACAGCGAUGGUUCUUUCAGCUGGUGUUAACCCUGCCCCUCUCUGUAAUUUAACAUUAAACAACCCCAGAGCAGCA